ACCACCACCACAACAACAACAACAAAAAUAACAACAAGAACCACAACAAUCAGUAGAACGAAAACGACAACAUCUCUCGCUAAAAUUACUAGAAACUCGGUCAUUGAUAACAACGACGACGACAUCAUCACAGUUUUACCCAUUUCUAGCAUCUCUACCACUACUACUACUACUACUACUACUACAGCGACUACUACUAUUACAACUGCUUCUGCUGUUGGUGCUGCAAGUUUCAUCGGCAGUUCAGCCAUUAUUACUCCCACAAGCAAAUCGACCAUAUCUUCGUCGUCGUAUACAGCUACUUCCUUCAGUCAGCACACUGUCGUCGGUAUUAACCAACCAAAUACCACCCAUUCGGCAGAUAUUGUAAGUAGUUCGCAUCGUUUUGCGCGUUGUUCGUGCGAUAGUGUUACUUGUAAAAUUAAACCUGCUGCUGCUGCUACUGCUGCUGCUACAACAGCUAUUAUUAGUGGCAGUGGUGUUGGUGGUGCUGGUGGUUGUGCCGUUUGCGCUGCUAACGUUGCUGCUGCAUCAACUGCUGGUGGUGCCUACAAAAAUCGCCCUGUGUGCACGGACAAUAAUAUGAGGAGUGGCAGUUCGGAAUUAUUACUCGAGCAGCAACAACAAGAGUUACGGUUACGUAAAUUACGAGAACUGGCUCCAAAAAAGAAAAAUGGCAAUCGGCGGUUUCGUUCGUGGCGCGAACGUGUCCGCUUUUAUAGUACAUCCACGCUCGCAUUUUUCUCGGUGACAGCGGGCGCAUCACUCCUAUUUCUUGUUCCGCUUUAUGUGGAUCCGGCGAUAUCAACGUUAAGUCACGAUUUCAUUGAACAGCCAACACUUUGUACAACAACGCGCCGCGAAAAUCUUAUCGGUAUAUUUAAUUGUUCGUGGAGUUCAUGUCGCGAGGGUUGCACCUCGGAUCUAUAUCGUUGUGUUCAUAUCUAUGUGACGUUUAUUGAGCAAAAUAUAACAAUACCGGAAAAUAUGACUGACUUUACAAAUUACACAGCCGAAUGGGAGCAAUCCGAUGAGGCGACAUUGUUAGUUAAUAUCAAAGGUUGCGGUUAUCCGCCAACGGUAACGUGUAGUAAAUUUAAUGCAUUCUAUGGUUUACCGGGUGCAAUAUUUCCAUGUUAUUAUUCACGUAAAAAUAAAACGGUCGUUAUGACAUCUUACAAUCAUGACGAUCAAGUUAAUAUGAUAAUACAUUUCUUUGCGAUACCAUUUGUGAUAACAAUGAUCUCAUCAAUCGCUUUAUGUGUGAUGCACUGUGACUGCCGUUGCAAAAAGGAUCGUAGCCAUAGGCGUAAUCGACCCCAAAGUCGAAGACCACGUAUCGACAAUUUAAGUGAUACUUCAAUAUCAACACGGGUUGACAUGCUGACGCCGGCCAUUGAAGUCUAUAAGCCACCACUCUGACAUAAAGAUGACACGGUGGAGAGCAAUUUAGGUAAUCCAUCGACAAGUAGCGAUUUUUAGCAAAAGCUAAUAACAACAACUGCUGAGCUUAAUACAACAACUACGACUACUAGUAAUACGGAUAAUCUAUUUGUUCUUCCAUCAUAGUGUCAAUCAAUUUUAAAAGGAGAAAAAUAUAUGUAACAAUCAUGAGAAGACAUGAAAGUCAAAAAAAAGGAAAAUACAAAAAAUCCAAAAAUACCAAUUAACUCCUUCAAAAAAAAAAAAAUAAAUAAAUAAAUAAAUAAAAGAGAAAAAAGCCCUCCUCGUCCACUUUAAACUUAACAAUGUAAUAUAUUAAGGGAAUAUGAAGAAGAAAAAGCCGAAAAAGAAGAAGAAUAUGAGAAAUGCAAAACAAAAUCCAAACAUUUACAGCCAUUCACACACACACACACACACACAAACACAAACAUGCAUUACUAGUUUAGAGAUAAGUUCACACAUAUGCAAGAAGUCCAUGUAAGCGAGAAUUAUAUACAAAAAUAUAUUUAAGUAUAUUAAGGAGUAUUACUUACAUAGAGAAGCAAAGACCGAAAUAAAUUCAUUUAUAAUAAUAAUAAAAAAAAAACAAAAAAUUAAUAUAGAAAAUAAAAAAUAAAAGAAGAAAAAACGAAAACAGACUCCAAAGUAUAAACAAACCCUUUAACGAAGGGCAUGUGUAGACAAUUGUUAUACUGUUGUAUUGUGUGAUUGUUUAAGGGCAUAUACUAGCAAAACUGAUGUUGAUUAAAUUCACUCAAAGAUAAUGCAUACAUAGAUACCUACUAUACAGUUAAACAUACAAACAUAUAUACAUACAUUCAUACAGACACAAUUGAUGAUGAAAUGAAAAACUAGAAAUUUAUAUGUAUUUGUGUAAACUAAACUAGACGACUAUUAAAUUGUGUAACUAUAAAAAAGCAAAAAAAAAA